UUGCAAGUCCGGUGCAAAGGGGGGGUCCCACAUCGUCUUCUUCAUCAUCAUCAUCAGACCGGGACAGUGAGAUCAUGGCUGCGCUGCUGCUGAGGACAAGCCGGAGCCUGGGCGCGUGUCUCCGCGUGGCCACCGGUUGCCCGUCGCCAUCAUCCUGUGUCGUGGCGGCAUGGUCGACGGCGCGGGGGCCCCGGGAGGGUGCGGUGGCGUGGAGGACACACGCGCAGGUGCGGCACUACUCGUCCAGCGACAAGCUCUCCAUUGAAAUGGACGACAAGACCGGAGUGGCGGUCCUGAAGCUGUCGAAUCCACCCGUCAACAGCCUGAGCCUGGAGCUGCUCACGGAGCUCGCCAUCGGCCUCGAUAAGCUGGAGAUGAACCCGAGCUGCCGCGGCGUCAUCAUGACCUCGGCAAAUCCGCACAUCUUCUCGGCGGGCCUGGACGUGUCGGAGAUGAUGGGCAAGCCCACGGAGCACUACCGCGAGUUCUGGCGCGCCGUGCAGGAGAUGUGGCUCAAGCUGUACGGCUCCAGCCUCAUCACCAUCGCCGCCAUCAACGGCUCGAGUCCAGCAGGCGGCUGCCUCAUGGCCAUGUGCUGCGAUUACCGCCUGAUGGCCGACAACCCCAAGUACUCCAUCGGCCUCAACGAGACGAAGCUCGGCAUCGUGGCGCCAUUCUGGUUCCGUGACACAAUGAUGGGCGUGGUGGGCACGCGCGUCACAGAGCGCUCGCUGCAGCUGGGCCUCAUGUACUCGCCCUCCGAGGCCGUGCACGUGGGGCUGGUGGACCGCACCGUGCCCGAGGAGACCGUCAUGGAGGAGGCGCGCGCCGAGAUGGGUCGCUGGCUCAAGAUCCCAGACCACGCGCGGCAGAUCACCAAGUCCAUGAUGCGCAAGACGACCAUCGACCACCUCCUGGCACAGCGUGAUUCGGACAUCUCAAACUUUGCGAACUUCAUCUCCAAGGAGUCCAUCCAGAAGUCGCUUACGGCCUACAUGCAGGCUCUCCGCCAGCCCAAGAAGUGAAGCGGAGGGAAAGGGAGGGGGGCUGUGUGGUGCCCUCGGUAAGUGCGUGGAGUAAUUCUGCCCCCCCCCCCCGCUCUCUCAUGUGGAGCUUCCUUUGAGACUCUGACAGCACCAGCACGAGGGGGUAUGUGGUUGUAGGGAUCAUCCAAAAAGUCUAGUCACACGUGAUCCUGCUUCUCGGUAUUUAACUCAUCGUACAUGUUCGCACUGUUUCCUCAAAAUACAA